CUCUUUUUAAAUGAUAGUUUCAUUGAGGUUAAAAUUCAUCAUUUUAAAGUACAGUUGGCCCUUGGAUCACAUGGGUUUGAACUGCCCAGGUCCACUAAUAUGUAGAUUUCUUUUGCUAAAUACAGUCCAGGACAGUCAAUGUGUUUUCUCUUCCUUAUGAUUUUCUUAACAACAUUUUCUCUUCUGUACCUCACUUUGUGUAACAAUACAGUAUAUAAUACAGACAACAUACAAAAUAUGUAUUAAUUGAAUGUUGGACAUUUUUUUGUGCUUAUUGGACAUUGAACGGCUUUUUUGGAGAAAUGUCUUUUCAAACUUUUUGCCCAUUUUUGAUUUGGGUUAUUUGUCUUUUUACUGUUAAGUUGUAUGAGUUCUUUGUAUAAUCUAGAUACUAGGUCCCUGUCAGACAUAUGUUUUGUAUGUAUUUUCUCCCCUUCUUUGUUUUUUGGUUUUUUUUUUUACUUUAUUGAUGGUGUUUUUUGACACAUGAAAUUUUAAAAUUUAUUGUUUAUUUUAUUGUUUGCACUUUUGGUGAUAUAUUUAAGAAACUGGUACCUAAUCAAAGGUCACAAGGAUUUACUCCUAUAUGAUCUUUUUCUAAGAGUUUUGUAAUUUCAGCUCUUAUGUUGAGGUCUGACCCACUGUGAGUUAAUUUUUUAUGAAAGUUAUAAGGUCUGUGUCGAGAUUCAUUUUUUGCACGUCAGCACCGUUUGUUGAAAAGACUGUCAUUUGCCCUUUAAAACGUCAUGGAAUUCUUGUCAACCCAUGAAUGUAUGGGUUUAUUUCUGAACCGGCAGUUUUAAUCCAGUGAUCUCUAUGUUCUUAUGCCAAUACCACACUAUCUUGAUUACUGUAGCUUUUUUUUUGACAUCGGGAAGUGCAACUCCUCCAACUUUGCUUUCCUUUUUCAAGGUUCUUUUGGCUAUUUUGAGUCUCUUGGAUUUGUAUAGGAAUUUUAGGAUCAGCCUGUCGAUUUUGAAAAAAAAAAAUGAAAAGAAAAUGGGAAACGGAUUUGAAUAGGGAUUACAUUUGAAUCUGAAGAUCAUUUUGGGGAGGAUUGCUGUCUUCACUGUUUUCUAGCCUAUGUGCACUGAUGUCUUUCCAUUUAUUGAGGUAUUUGAAGUCUUACAAUGAUGUUUUGGUAGUUUUCACUGUACAAGCCUUACAUAUCUUUUGAUAAAUUUAUUUGUAACUAUUUUAUUCUUUUUGAUGCUCUUCUAAAAUGUGUCUCUUCUCUAACGGCGCAUUUUUAAAAUCCAUUCUACCAGUUUCAGCCUUUUGAUUCAAGUGUUUAGACCAUCUUACAUAAUUACCAGUAAGGUAGAAUUUAUGCCUACCAUUUUGCUCUUUAUUUCCUAUGGGUCUUACAUCCUUUGUAUUCUUUUAUUCCUCUAGUGUGCUUUCUUUUAUGCUGAAUAGUUUCUUGAAUACCGUUUUAAUUCAGUUGUUUAUUUUUUUACAUAUUUUAAAAUUAUUUUCUUAGUGGUUGCCUUAGGGAUUACAGUCAACAUAGUCUUAUUUGUAAGCUUUUCAGUGGACCUGAACCUUUGCCUGUAGGAAUCCGAUUAGGAGAAGUCCAAUGGCUGUGAACGGAAAAGGAGGGGACAGAAGAGAGAAUCGGGGACGAUUUGUUAUCUGAGAGUUACUUGUGUUGGUGGAUUUAUCUGUUAACUCCUUGGUGGAAUUAUUUAUACCACAGACCUCUCCAGUGAACCAGGAUACUUACCAAAUGUUGGAUCUGAUACAGUUUCUAGUAAUCGUAUCAAUAGCCUUCCCUCCGGGCUUGGGGAUUUGAGAGGCUGGUGCUGGGGAGGCUGGAAGUCAGCGUGGUGUCCUUUCUGCCUCCUCCUUGCAGCCUGCUCUCUGAGCUCCUGUGCUGUCCCCACGUUUCCCAGGUGCCGAGCACCCUGCUGAGUGUGGACCGCUCCAGGUCCCCACGUGUGGAGGGACCCCAGGGCCCGAGACCUUCUCCCACGUUUCCGUGAGGGUGGCCGGUCACGAAGGGAGGGGCCAGCUGAGUGCACGUGAGCGUAGCAGGACACCAGGAUUUGGCCAGAAGACAUUCCUUUCCUCCCCCAGGACUUCUCGGAGACCGCUGCUACAGAGCCCUCCAGCAUCCGAGACUGGGCCUUUGCAACAGAGCUCCCGGCCACCUACCCCCAGCUGUCCGGGAGGGACACACCAGUCAGCAGCCGCCGCCCACAGCUGCGACGCCUCUGGUACAGAUUCCUGCCGGCCUCCGGUAACUGCCGUCCUUUGCUUGGGCUCUUGAAGACUGUUCUGCCAUGACCACAGCGCGGUACCGGCCCACGUGGGACCUGGCCCUCGAUCCGCUGGUGUCGUGCAAGCUGUGUCUCGGGGAGUACCCGGUGGAGCAGAUGACCACCAUCGCCCAGUGCCAGUGCAUAUUCUGUACUCUGUGCCUGAAACAGUAUGUCGAGCUCUUGAUCAAAGAAGGAUUGGAAACUGCGAUCAGUUGCCCCGAUGCCGCCUGCCCUAAGCAAGGCCACCUGCAGGAGGACGAGAUCGAGUGCAUGGUGGCGGCUGAAAUUAUGCAAAGAUAUAAAAAGCUACAAUUUGAAAGAGAGGUGCUGCUGGACCCCUGUCGGACCUGGUGCCCUACUUCCACCUGCCAGGCCGUGUGCCAGCUCCAGGACAUGGGGCUGCAGACACCCCAGCUGGUGCGGUGCAAGGCCUGUGACGUGGAAUUCUGCUCUGCCUGCAAAGCCAGCUGGCAUCCCGGCCAGGGCUGCCCGGAGACCAUGCCCAUCUCCUUCCUUCCCGGAGAGACCAGCUCUGCUUUCAAACUGGAGGAGGACGACGCGCCCAUCAAGCGGUGCCCCAAGUGCAAGGUGUACAUCGAGCGGGACGAAGGGUGUGCACAGAUGAUGUGUAAGAACUGCAAGCACGCCUUCUGCUGGUACUGCCUCGAGUCUCUGGACGAUGACUUCCUCCUGAUCCAUUACGAUAAAGGACCGUGCCGGAACAAGCUGGGCCAUUCCAGGGCAUCUGUGAUCUGGCAUCGGACACAGGUCGUGGGCAUUUUUGCUGGAUUUGGGCUCCUGCUGUUGGUGGCCUCGCCUUUCCUGCUCUUGGCCACUCCGUUUGUACUUUGCUGCAAGUGCAAGUGCAGUAAAGGUGACGAUGACCCAUUACCCACCUAGAGGAAGGCGCGAUGCUGGAACGAGACCCCUGCCUCCGGGAAGCGUGGCCCGCCCCCACCCCACCCCGCCGCCCCCCUCACUAAACAUCUUUCUUGCCUUAUGUGCCCCAUAGAGCUUCACAGUGUCACGCUGGAUGCCGUGAUUUCAGGGACUGGUGUCAGAGCGCUUGCCGAGGCCCCGGGUGCAGUCACCUGGGCGUGGGGAAGGCAGGCUGCAGCGGGUAGGGUGCGUCCCCACACAAUCGAUCUCUGCCGACUUGACGAGGGAGGCGCUGUGCAAGGCACCCCGGGCAGUUUUCUCCCAGUGGCGAUAGACUAGGAGUGUCUGGUGGCUGCUUCAGAGACCUUCUUGUGCAAAAUGCUGUCCGUCUCCUCCUUGGCGUCCUGAUGGUGCCAUGUUUUUGAGAGAAGGAGUCUUUUAAGGAUUACAACUCACUUCAGGCAGAAUCCAAUAAUUCUGACUUGAGAAAAGCACUCUGUUUAUGACAACUGUUUUUAUUACUAAUGGCAUUUAGUAAAAUCCUUUUUAGAAGGUGUCUUUUUGUUUUUCCAACUGAGUAGUGAAAAAUCAACAAGGUGCAUCUAAACCAUCCUAUGCCUUUCUUGAAAUGUGCAUUUUAAGAAGUUACUGUUCAAAUGACUUUUCUGGCUCGGCCACUUUUCAGGAGAUUUAGAAAGCCUUAUGCGCUCUUUGUGUUUUUCUUGAAACCUGUGACGACGUUUUGAACACCGUAAGCGGUGUGCUGUUAGAAACGCGCUUUCUCUAUUGUUGCGUUUCUUUGACGAUACUGACGUGUUUAAAGGAGUAUCUUCAUCACUAGAUUUUCCUUUUGUUUUUUCUCUCUUUGGUGAUUCAGCUCAGCUCAUGGGGCUUAUCUCUUCUCAUCCAGGUAUGAGCAGAUAUUUUGUAAUGUCUUUGGAAACCAAAUGUUUGACUCGUGCAUGGCUCUGCGGAGAAUCAGUAUGUUUUGGCUGCUUGCCCCAGCCUCCUCGCGCAGACAGUAAGGAGCGAAUAGUGCUAUUGAUCCUCUUAGGCAGGGCUUCCUGGCAGGACUGGAGCACUCCCCUGGGGCCUGGGGGACAAGCUUCCUGAUUUUCAGUUGUUUAAAUGACUUAAGUUAUUUUGGAGAAAUCCUGUUACCUUACAGAGUUCCGAGUCCCGUUGCUAACCAUUUCACCCCGCUGAAAACACCUUCCCUUUCACUUAAGGGGUUUUACCACUCGGUCUCUCCUAGGCCGCGUGUGACUGUUACCAUGGCAGCAGAACGCGCGGAUGACUAAGACACACGUUGCUCUAUCCGUUGAGUUUAAAACGCAGAGAGCGCGUCUUUACAGAGAGUUGGCUCUCCUAUGGCCUUUGAGGCCACCUGUGCUUUUAAGGAGCAAACCGAUUACAUUGAACUUGGGGGCCUCUGAAAUAACAGAAAGGCAAUUGUUGUCGAUUUAUUAUCGCGGAACUUUUUAAAACUUAUUACACAUUCCACAAAGGAGUGAAACGGAAAAUCUGACGUGUUUGCUUAUUGUGAGCACAUUUGUAAAACGUGGCGGGUUUUUUGUGUGUUUGAUUCUACCUUUCUGUGUUGGCCUUGGGUCCUGCUUUCCUUCCCCGUGUAGACACUUCUUUGUUUCUUAACAUUUGCUAGGUUAGAAGGAACAGCGUCACCUCACUCUUCACCUGUAGUAUUUAUUAUCUUUAUGAAACUGAAGCCAUUAGGAAGCUAGUCUGUGUCAAAAUCAUAUUCAGAACAUUCUCCUUAUGACCGCAGCUGAAUUCUUACUCAGUAACAAAAUAAGAACAUGCCUGAGACUGUCUUUUCAAUGGAGCCUGGGCAGUGAGUCUCCAUCGCUGGAACUGUUGCGACAGGGCCUUGUGGUAGGUGGCUUUCUGGAGAGGUCACGCUCAGUGAGUCCUGAGGCUCGAGUCGGUGGCCCAGGCUGGGAUCAGUGAAUGCACUUGUCUAGUGGCACCCUUUAAAAUGCCUGUCAGAGGCGGCCGGCUUGCGGCCCUGUUUGCAUUUUGAUCCAGGAAGGGGCAGGCCUCACCCCAUCCCUGUCCUGUUGCACACGGCACAAGUCCCCGCGGUCGUGCCCCUCUCCUCCGAGGUAGAACGGGAGCCUUUGGAAAGGAUGCGUUCCCUGGGCUGGAGCUCAGGUCUCUAUUCCUAGCGGCUUGGGCUGUUCGUCUGUCCCGGAGAAACCUGUAAGCAGGCCCUGCACAUUGGUAGCCCCCACCAUCCUUGUGCCUUCACCCCUGACACGUUUCACAAGCACGUGGGUCGACCCAGGUAGGGACCAUGAAGAUUCUCGGGCCAGCCGCAGCCACACUGGCACCUGCUUGCUCCCGAGUUUUUGCACCAAGCAUGCCUCAAUUUGAUUUUGUAGUUACACAGCUAAAAUCGUCUGUUCCUUGGGAAGAUACCAGCAGGAUUACAAUGGGAUCCUUACAUAAACUUGCAUUUCCUCCGUGUGACGCUUUUAUUUCAGUAGGGAACGCCAACCCCAUUGUUCAUGGGGGUGCAGUACUAACCAUGCCUGAUGUAAAAUGUAAACGGAGCCUGGGAAGAUGGCCCGCGUCUUGGAUUUUAACCUUGCCCUCACUCCCUGGUGAAACCUGGGGAGUUCUGCACUUGGUGGUGGGCUGUUACAUGGCAUAGCUUGUCUUAACUGAAGAUGACAUUCCCUUUCACGGAUGGUCUUCAUGCCGACGUUCUGGAAGCACACGUAUGUUUAUCCCUUUCGAGGCCUUGAAAUCCUGGCGAGGAGGGAAGAAGGUCCUCAGGUCAUGGCUAACUCAACCGGUGUCCAGUUGGGGUGGCCCUGGAGGGUGCGGGUGACCUGUGGGUCAUCCGAGUCCCUCUGACCCCGUUGGGUGGUUUUGCGGGACAUGCCUAGUCUGUCAGUCUGGCUGUCAUGUCCCCUGCAGCCUGGCCUUCGAGCUUUGCAGCGGUCACAAGAGGCCGGUGCCCUCCGAGGAGGAGUCACUGUAGAUGUUCGCGUAGCAGAGAUCGACUCAGGACCUGAGCAUAAUCAGAUCCUUGGAAAGCAUGACCGGCUGUCCGUAUCAGUUCUUCCUCACCCCGCGGGAGUGGCCGUAGCCCAGGGAACUGACCUCCACCACCGCUCACACCUUUUGCAAAGGGGAACAAGUUCUCUUUAUGGAAUAUUAUUCCAUAAAAACCAGUGUGUGUAGGACCAGGCCGGUUCCUUUUUAGAGUCCAGGGCCUGUGGGGAAAGGGAUCCUCAGAGAUCUAAAAAUUACUCCAAGAUGAGUCUAUCUUUUUCAUCUAUCUUGCUUGCAAAGUUUAAAGUUAUUUAAAAAUUGGGAGAAGACAUUUUCCCUUGAUAGUCUUUAAAAAUUAGGAGAUUGGAAAGAACCAGGGUGGGCUUUUUGUAUAUUUUUCAGAUUCUCAUUUAUUAAUAAGUCUCCAUAUAUAUAUAUGUGUGUGUGUGUGUGCGUAUAUACAUAUAUGUAUAUGACACUGAAAUCAUCAAGGGAAAAUAUUUUGCAUGUCUAAAGCUUCGUGAAGGUCUCUUUAAAAAAUACCAAAGCUUGUUUAUUCUUUAUAAUUAACCCAAGCCCUUAGGAAGAUACACAAAAUGAAGAGGUUAUGACUGGUAUUGCCCAAAAUGCCACAUGGAACGAAGGGCCUGCGCCCAAAUAUAGUUGCUAAUGUGUCAGUAGUAGGGGAGCAUGCUGUUUGGGUUGAUAAAGCCCCGCGGGCGCCCUUCUUCCUCCGGUUGGUAUAAUCUCGUCUUCCACACUCCUGGGAGCCUUGGGUUAGGGGUAAGUACCAGCCACAUGCCUGACCUUUCCUUCAUUCUUUGCUCAUUUUACCACGGGUGUAUUUUUACUCUUGUAUAAAAUAUGCACGAAUGGGUCAUGCACACGUAGGCAGUAUGUAUUUGGCAACGGUGGUAAAAACAAAAGUUCGGUUCUCGUUUUUGACAUGUCAGUCCAUCUUGUGCUACUAACACUGUGAUGUAUAAAAGAGCUGUUUGAAUGCCUUUUAAUGUUGUGUUUUGUACUUUGGAAUCACAUGGAAAAGCUUGAUUUGUAAUUUCAAUACAUAUUUUAAAUGUAUUGUGUCUUACAUAGUUUGUCUCCCCCCCCCCCCCCUUUAAAAAGGGGAUUUUUCUUUUUAAAGAGAUUUUGGCUGGAAUACAGGUUACUUUUGUAAAUCCGGUCUGGCUCCAUCUUUUGUACAUUCUUCGUUGACUCCUGGCCCACAGGUUGAAAACACGACGACUGGAGGCGGGAGUGAGGGCGGGUCGGGGGGUGGGCUCCCGUCACCGCUUUCCUCUUCUGAGGUUUUCUCCGUUGGGAGUGUUCACAGCUCCUGGUGCCAAACUGAUCUGAGUUGCCGGGUCGCCGGGUAAGUGGCCACACAUUCCCCUCUCCUCCUUGUGGUUCCGGUCCAGUGACGCAGCAUCAGAAAGCAUCUCCCUGUUGGCUGCUUCCGUGCCCAAGACGAAUAUUUACAAGCCUGUCAAGAUUUGUGGGCAGUGUCGUAACAAUCCAUGAGCAUCCUUUUCCUACUAGGAAAAGAAUAAAUACAGAUUCUGCUUGUCUUCAUAGUGACUCUGGUAACUCACUUUGAUUUUCAUUUGCUGCAUUUAAACUUUGUGGGAGAAUAUAUACCUUACUUACUAACGUGAAGCAGCAGGCCAAGAAUGGGGGACUGUUCCCUGUAUUGUGGUUACAUUUUAAAAACCAUCCUUAGAAGCUUAAGGUGCCGAUCAGAGGGGGUGUAUUUUGUUAACUGGUGAUUUGCUGGCACCCAAGACACUAUUCCUAGUCACUGGGAGCUCCUAGUCUGGAGGGGAGGCAGGUCUGCCGUUCGGUGACGAGAAUAAGGUGUGGCAAGUGCUACGUGGAGGGCAUACGUAUGCACCGCACCCGGCGAGGGUGGCGGGUCAGAGGAGGCUGAUGGGAAGAUGCCGUGUGCGGCCUUGCAGAUGAGUAGGCGUCAGCUAAGCAAAACUCGGGGCGGGAGCGUUGAAGGGAGUGGCCAGUCCAGGAAGUUGGUCCAUCCGGCCCAUCGGGGUACCAGUUACCCAAGUGUCCGACCUCGGAGGGCCCAGUGCGUGGAGCCCGGGAACUGAGCUCUAAAGCUGUGGGGAGUGGGUAUUGGGCUGCCGUGCAGAUUACCGGAGACUGGGGGGCUUAAGCAACAGGAGUUUAUUCCCUCGUGGUUUCGGAGGCUGCAAGUCUGCGAUCAGCGUGUCACCAGCGUUGCUUCCUUUUGAGGACCGUUGGGCUGGGAUGUCUUCCCAGCCUGUCUCCCUGGCCUCUCGUGCUUUGCUGGCACUCCCUCACCUCCCUUGCCUUGUAGAUGCACUGCCCCAGGCUGUCAUCCUCACAUGGUGUUUUCCUGUGUGUGUGUGUGUGUGUGUGUGUGUGUGUGUGUGUCUGUCUGUCUGUGUCCACCUUUCCUCUUUAUGAGGACACCAGUCAUCGGAUUCGGGCCUGCCCUAGUCCACUAUGACCUCAUCCUGACUCCAUCAUCUUCAGAGACCCAAUUCCAAGUAAGGUCACAAUCACAGGUCUUGGGGGUCAGGAUUCCCAGCAUCCUUCUUGGGGACACAGUGCAGCCUAUAAUAGGGAGUAUGGUCCACAGGUGGACGGUCCCGCCCUGGCGAGGCCAGUCAGAGGAGACAGACAAGAACACAAGAUCUCGGAGGGAUGAGGGCAGGGGAUUCGUGUUCAGGUGGAUGAGAAAUCAGACCCCCGCUUGUCCCCAGGAAACUUCUGCAGAAAGUGAUCGACCCACACAGUGGUGAAGACACAGUUCUCGCUGGUCUGAUAGAAGUUUCUUACCAUCCUGGAGAUGAACUCCCUGAAAUAUUUUAGAAUUUGUGCCUUGAGUGACAGAAACAGCUUCGUUCUCAACAGUUCUGGGUCUUCUCCUCAAGGUUCUGAGUUGUCUUUUUCCUGUGCCUGGAAGUGCUAAAAUAAUGUCACUUAAUAAUGGUGUCAAAGGGACUGGGUUUGGGUACUUUAGGAGACUUCCAGAAGAAUGGAGUGAUGAAGACCACUGCAUGGACAGUAACAGGGAGCUUUUUUUUUUUUUUUUUUUUUAUU